GCGCCAGCCCUAUUUCUAGCGGGAGCCCCGGUUCUGUCCUCUGGAGCUACUGCAGCCGAGAGCGCGUCAGGCUCCCCCAGGGGAGGCGGACCCUAAACCCCCAUGGAAGUGGAGCAGGUGGAAGCUCCGUCCCCCCACCCAGGCUAUACCCGAGCCGGAAGAAGAUUCAAGUGCCUCUCUUGCUCCAAGACUUUCCCCAAUGCCCCUCGGGCUGCCCGCCAUGCUGCCACCCACGCUCCUAGUCCUGGACCCAGUCCUGAGGAGAAUGCUGCUGGGGGUGGGGACCCAGGACCCCCACCAGGGAACCCUGAGGGCCCAGGCAGUGGGGAGGAUGGGGAGCCAGCUCCCAAGCCCCGGCCCUUUGCCUGCUCGCUGUGCCCCAAGGCCUACAAAACAGCCCCAGAGCUGCGCAGCCAUGGGCGCAGCCACACUGGGGAGAAGCCCUUCCCGUGCCCGGAGUGCGGGCGACGCUUCAUGCAGCCAGUGUGCCUGCGGGUGCACCUGGCGUCCCACACGGGUGAGCUGCCUUUCCGAUGUCCACAGUGUCCCAAAGCCUAUGGCACCCUGUCCAAGCUGAAGAUCCACCAGCGCUGCCACACUGGGGAGCGGCCCUACUCCUGUGCAGACUGCGGCAAGUGCUUCGCAGAUCCCUCUGUCUUCCGCAAGCACCGGCGCACCCACGCGGGUCUGAGGCCCUACGGCUGCCCACGCUGUGGCAAAGCCUACGCUGAGCUCAAGGACCUGCGAAACCAUGAGAGGUCUCACACAGGAGAACGCCCAUUCCUCUGUUCUGAGUGUGGCAAAAGCUUCUCCCGUUCUUCCUCGCUCACCUGCCACCAACGCAUCCAUGCUGCCCAGAAGCCCUACCGCUGCCCCGCCUGCGGGAAGGGCUUCACACAGCUCAGCUCCUACCAGAGCCACGAGCGCACCCACUCGGGUGAGAAGCCUUUCUUGUGCCCGCGCUGUGGCCGCAUGUUCUCCGAUCCGUCUAGUUUUCGCCGCCACCAGCGAGCCCAUGAGGGAGUCAAGCCGUAUCGAUGUGACAAGUGCAACAAGGACUUCCGCCAGCCAGCUGACUUAGCCAUGCACCGGCGUGUACACACUGGUGACCGACCAUUCAAGUGCCCACAAUGUGAUAAGACUUUUGUGGCCUCUUGGGACCUGAAGCGACAUGCCCUGGUCCACUCCGGCCAGCGGCCUUUCCGCUGUGAGGAAUGUGGACGGGCCUUUGCAGAGCGGGCCAGCCUUACUAAGCAUGGUCGUGUGCAUUCAGGUGAACGGCCCUUCCACUGUGCUGCUUGUGGCAAGUCCUUUGUGGUGUCCUCCAGCCUGAGGAAGCAUGAGCGGACCCACCGAGGGGAGAUGGUGGGUGGCCUUACCACCCAAGAGCUGGUAGUAGGGGUCGCACUGCCUGCAGGUACCUCUGUGGAAGGGCCAGCACCGCCUAGCACGGUGGCUCCUGGAGUGGGUGUGGAACUUGGGGAGUCACAGGCUGGGCUCAUAGGCCUCCCCACCGAGUCAGGCAGGGUGGUAGCCUCCCAGUGGCAAGUGGUGGGCAUGACCCUGGAGCAGGUGGAAUUCAGGGAGUCUGGGGCUGGGGCAGGAGAGGCCCCAGCACCAGCAACAGAAGGUGAGAAUGAGGGUGGACCCCCUACCCAGGAGCAACCCCCGGGUACUGGAGAAAUGCCCCAGAACGUGUGCCGGGAGUGCAAGGAAUCUUUCCCAACGGCGGUGGCUCUUCGGCGUCAUGAGCGAUCCCACCCAGCCCUGCGUCCAUUCCCCUGCCCACAGUGCGGGAAAGGCUUCCUGGAUCGAGCAGGGUUACGAAAGCAUAGUCGUACCCACAGUGCUGUCCGCCCCCAUGCCUGUCCCCACUGCCCCAAGGCCUUCCUUAGUGCCAGUGACCUCCGCAAACAUGAGCGCACUCAUUCCACCCCCCAGCUUCCCCUUGAGCCACUGGUUGCCCUCUUGGGGAUGCCAGAGGAAGGAGCAGCGUGAAAGCCCCCAGCAGCCUGCUUUCCACACUACCUGGCCCACCCCGUCUCAGCUUCACUCCUUCCCUGGUAUCCCAGCAGCCACUCCCUUCAAUCUGGGGUUUCCUUCCUGUCCUGCAGAUGUUUUACCUUCUCAUUCUCCUCUUAAUACUCCGUUAGCGCUGUCUUUGACUGAGAAGAGGCCUCAUUCUCAAAAGAUGGGAAGGCUGGAAGGAAGGGAUAUGGUGGUGAAGGACAGACAGUCUGAGAGGCCAGCUCCAACACAGUGGCACUUAUUAAAAGCUUUGGCUCUGAA